AUGGCGAUCCAUCCUCUUCCUCAGUCUACGGUUCGACUUUUGGGUUCCUCGAUGAAUAUCACGGCGCCGUACGAUUUAGUCAAGGAGCUGCUGGACAAUGCGCUGGAUUCUCGAGCAACCGCCGUCGAGAUAACCGUUUCUUCGAAUACCAUUGACAGAAUUUCAGUCAAAGACAAUGGAAGUGGCAUUGAUAUAGAUGAUUUCAGUGCCCUGGGAAGACGGGCACAUACUAGCAAGCUCAGAGAGUACAGCGAAUUGAUCAAGCUUGGCGGGACGACGCUUGGAUUUCGAGGUGAAGCGUUGGCAAGUGCCAAUUCAAUAGCCAACAUUUCAAUAAUUACCAAGAGACCCGGGGAUCCUAUAGCCUGGCGAAUCGAGUUGGUCCCCGGCACAGGUGGUGUCCAGGACAAACGGCCAGUUUCCUCUACCAUUGGAACCACAGUGGCAGUUACGAGGCUCUUUGAGAAUCUCCCCCCCAGAAGGCAGUAUGCUCUGAAGCAGGCGAAGAAUUGUAUUGCCCAAAUCCAACAACUUUUAAGGAAAUAUGUUUUUGCUCGUCCAAAUAUUAAAAUGUCACUGAAAAUAAUAGGGGAUAGCAAACCACUGUGGACUUAUUCGCCAAAGCCCCCUGAUCUUAAGCGAGAGGCAAUCUUACAGAUAUUGGGUGCGAAUGGCAUGGUGAAUUGCAUCGAGGUAUAUGAAGAAGUAGAUAUCAACAGAGAGUCGACAUCCCAAAUGGAGGCAGAAGAGGCUGCCAGAUGGGUGUUUAGCGGCUAUAUCCAGAAACCUUAUAUCAUUCCCAAGGAUUUCAAAGUUCAGGGAGCGCAUCUAUCUAUUGAUAAUAGGCCAAUGUCUGCUGCGUGGCAUGUUGCCAAAAAAAUGGCAAGUAUUUUGAAAUCUCACAUAUCCCGGUCCACAGCACCGAAAUCUGCAGAAAGACACGGUGGCGUGUUUCUGCAAAUCAACAUACGAUGUCCUCCAUGCAGCUACGACCCCAACAUCACGAUGAAGAAGGAUGAGCUCUUGAUUUUUGAAGAGAAGGGCCUCCUUGAUGGCUUUGAGCUUGUGUGUAAGCGAGCAUACGAAAAGCACAGCCGGGCUCUUGCAGCUAUACACCCACCGGCCACUCUCAGUACACAGCCUCAUGAUGCUCCGGAGUGUAAAUGGCAGCUCAUAACCGAGCUUGAUGAUGAAAAUUUAUCCUGUACCUCCACUGAUAAGUUUAGCGGCAAACAUGACAACCUUGACGAUACUCAAGUCCUUAAAAACACCACAAGGGCUGCGAGACCGAAGAUCCAAGCUACAAUGAAGACGAAUUUCACAGUCAAUAUGGGGAGGAAAGAGGAUAGUGAUUCGGAUGAAGAGAACAUGGAUAUGGCUAUAGAAGUGGAAAUCUCACCUGGACCAUCCUCUGUUCGGGACAGUCAGACAAACAAUCAGGAGCAACAUCCCUGCCAGAAAAAAAACAUUCGUCACUACUUUCAGUCCCUGCCAAAGAACGACUUCAAAAUUGCAAAUGAUGGUACUGCAACUGUCGGAACCCUAGUAGCAAGCCCAGUAGGCCCUCAACUGGACGAGUCUAGUCCUUCCAAUCGCACUGCCUUGCAGCCCCUGAACGACAUCGCCUUGAACAGAAUACGAGAAGAAGCGGAGUCUACUCCAGAGCCACCAGGAUCAGAUUCAAUAGUCUCAAGGCAUAUCACAAAUGAAAGCAGAAGGGAUAUAGUACCGUCAUUGCGACGGGUUGCAAACACAACUCUUGAUCUUGGGACACAGGGGCCGGAGAGGACAACUCCGUCUUUGUAUCUCGCAGGGCCAAGUUCUCAGGAAACGCAGGAUGACGAAGUAAUUUCACCUUCGGAUAGCAUUUCUUUUCGGAUGCUCACUCCCCCGCCUUCAGAUCCUAGAUAUAGACAUGAGCAAGUCAACACGCAGACUGGACCUCGCCCUCAGCUUGGCAAUUCAUUCGUCCCCGUAACAAACGUUGCUCAGCAAAGUCAUAACGAGAUUCUGAGGGAUGUCUCACUGCAAAACGGUCCAAAAAAAGUGCCCUCUGGUACCAACCAUAUCUCUUACGGUAGUGCGGCUAGCGCGGCAGGUGUGUUCGGCCCAUCCCAGGUCUAUUCGCGGCGGGCUGCUGGGCCUGGUCUCACCAAGGAAGAUCCAUCUCUCGUUAUUUUGAGUCAGCAGUGCAAAAAUCGUGAUGGGAUUCCUAGGAAUAGCAUACAAUCAUUCUUGUCGGCUUUGUCGCAUUCUCAAGUACCUAAGUUCACAGCGCCUUACACAAAACGGCCGGCUCCUUCUCUUUUUAACCCUCAGGGUUUACCAAACCAGCCUGUUCAUACGCCAACCUUUCCUGAUAACAAUGAUGGCCACAAGGGACGCCAAGAAAGUGAGGGCUCAAUAAAGAUAAUGACCGAGCGGGAAACCCGGUCUGUCAACAGGCCGUCGCAAUCCAACAAUACGCUUGCAUGGACCACAGAAGACUCUGGUGAAUACCCCAUUCGGGCACAGCGUUUUCAUACCCAUCACAGACAAGUAAGGCGAAUGUCCACUGACCAGCUCCCACUUGAGCGCAUUGAUGCUGGUAAGCAAACGUUUGGUUUAUGUCCAUUGUUCAUCAACAGAUUCAACAAAUUCAAGAUCAGAUAA